AUUGGCUUGUUUUCUUUUCCUUUUUUUAAUAACAAGAAAAGAAACCUUGGACGCUAUGACUUCUUUAGGGAACUAGAAAUGCUUCAACUCUAUUUGAUUUUUGUUCUCCACUCACUUCUUGACCCUUCUUUUUCUUUUCUUUAUUUUUUUUCCAUACUAAGACUUUGAGAGUCUAACAAUAAAGCAAUGAUAGCAAUUUCAAAUACAAAAAAUGAUACUUGGAAAGCAAAAUACACCUAUGCAGCUUCCAUUUUUGGAUGCAUUAUUCUCUGGAUCACUGUGUACAACAAACCAGCUGUGAUAUCAACUACACAGAGAUUUAUGGAUGACUUAACAAGCCCGCUUGUCAGUGACGAGAAUGCCACGACUCUUUGCACUUCUAAAUCAUUCAAUCAAGGAAAAUGGGUUUAUGAUCCAUUACGGCUUGAAACUCCUUUCACAAGCACAGACAUUGCCGAAGCGGCUGGCUAUUAUUGCAUUAAAAAGUUUGCACAUAGAUGCUUCCGUCGACCUGGAGAGAGCGAGCUCAUAAGAGCUAAACAAAUUAUGGAUUACAAAUGGCAACCAGACUCUUGCAAACUAUUGGAAAUGAAUACAGAGCGACUAGCAAACCACUUGGUUUCUCAUCCCAUUCUCUUCGUGGGAGAUUCUAUCACACAAUUACAGUACGAAAGCCUAGGCUGCUUAUUGGGUAGCCAUUUACCCAAUAGACACCCUAUAAACGCAGAUUUAAAUGGAGGAAACAACAAGAUCAGAGUAAACCAACUUGCACCUGAGGAUAAAGAAACCGCAGCUAUGGCAUAUAUUCGCUCGGACUAUCUCAUCCGUCUUGAUGAUUUCAAAAUGAUCAGUCCAUUUGAACCAGUAGGCACACAGUUGGGAAGUGGAGAAAAUUAUCCAUGGGUGCAUGCCUUGUCCAAGUUUGAUUAUAUUGUUAUCAACACAGGACCUCAUUGGCAUCCUAAUAUUCAUUGGGGACCUAACGCAUCGGAAGAAGAAUUAUUAGCAGCUUUUAAAAGAGCAAUGGCUGUCGUACUUGACUAUCUUCAGCAAAACCUUCAACCACAUCAAAAAGUAUGGAUCAGAACAACACCCUAUGGUCAUGCAAGAUGUUCACAGUUUAGGGAGCCCCAAUUAAAUCCAUUAACUCCCUCAGGACAAACAGGAGAAUAUGAAUGGCACUUGUUCCCCAAGUUUGAUCAAAUUUGGAAGGAAUUGCUUAACUCAGAAAGUGAAAAGGAUCCGCGCUUUGAUAUGUUUGAUAUUGCUGGCAUGUCUAAUCAAAGAGGAGAUGCGCAUUCUAAACCCGAUGUUGAUUGUUUACAUACUUGUAUCCCUGGUCCAGUAGAUGAAUGGAAUCGAUUAUUAUAUCAUGAAAUUAUGAAAAGUGCUUGAGUGAUAUAAAAGUACAAAAUCAU